UUCUCUCUCCCCACCCAUCCAUAAAACAGCCCUCGCCAGGGUCAUUUCUGGAGGUUUCUUUCCGCGGGGAAGGUGGGCUCAGCGCUGCAGGUGGCUGGGCGAGGUCGGCAGUCUUGUUUGCCUCCUCCCCUGGAUACUCGUCCACCUUUCCUACCCGAAAGGCCCCGGGUAUUCGAUCGCAGCCAGGGUGGGCGUGCCUGGCAACCAGCUCACGGCGCUACGACCUUGGAAAACAGUUCGGAGCCUUCGUCGACUAGAGGAAACCGGGCCCUCUGGUCGGCAAAGGUCUCGGUACUGUAGCUGGGGGGGGAAGAACCCGGCUUCCCCAGGUGCCGCCAGGCCCGGGACCGACGCGCAGGCGUAGCAGCGGCAGCUCCACCAACACCGCCAAAACCAGGCGAGCCGCCGCGAGCUAGGGGGCGGGGAGCGGGAAGUCUCGCGAGACAACAGCGUUUUUUCCGCGAAGUGAAAGCGCGCGUUUUUCUGGAGCUGGGUUGGGUAUUUAGCGAGAAGCCUGUGAGGAAGGGAUUCCGGUGCGUCCUUGCCGACGCCGUGAGGUGGUGGCCGGUUCUGUGCGAGGGCCCCGCCAUGCCCGCGGAGCAGCCCGCCAGCAGCAGCGGGUCCCCAGUUCCAGACAUGGCUGAAGAUGUGGCCCCGGCUGUGAUUACCCCGGCCAUGCUGGAGGAGGAGGAGCAGCUGGAGGCCGCGGGGCUGGAGAAAGAGCGGAAAUUGUUAGAAAAGGCUCGCAUAUCAUGGGACAGAGAAUCCACUGAAAUUCGGUAUCGUAGACUUCAACAUUUGCUUGAGAAAAGCAACAUCUACUCCAAAUUUUUGUUGACGAAAAUGGAACAGCAGCAGUUAGAGGAACAGAAGAAGAAAGAGAAGCUGGAGAGAAAAAAAGAAUUCUUAAAAGCUUCAAAGGGUAAAAAUUCAAAUGAUACAAGUGAAGAGAAUUCAGUUGUAAAAAAGAAAAGAGGAAGAGAAGACGAAUCAUACAAUAUUUCAGACGUUAUGUCAAAAGAGGAAAUUUUAUCUGUGGCUAAGAAAAGCAAGGAGAGUGAGGAUGAGAGGCCUUCUUCUACUAAUCCCUGUGUAGAAGAACUUGAGAAAAAUAAAGAUUCAAAUAGUAUAAUUAAAGAUAGAUUGUCUCAAACGGUUAGGCAGAAUGCUAAAUUGUAUUUUGACCCAGUUCGAAAAUAUAAUGGACAGCCAGUUCCCUUUCAACAACCCAAGUACUUCACAGGAGGAGUUAUGCGAUGGUACCAAGUAGAAGGCAUGGAAUGGCUUAGGAUGCUUUGGGAAAAUGGAAUUAAUGGCAUUUUGGCAGAUGAAAUGGGAUUGGGGAAGACCGUUCAGUGCAUUGCUACUAUUGCUUUGAUGAUUCAGAGAGGAGUACCUGGACCUUUUCUUGUCUGUGGUCCUUUGUCUACACUUCCCAACUGGAUGGCUGAAUUCAAAAGAUUUACACCAGAAAUUCCUACUCUGUUGUAUCAUGGAACCCAGCAGGAACGUCAAAAAUUGGCCAGGAAAAUUCAUAAGAGAACUGGAACAUUACAGAUUCAUCCCGUGGUAAUCACAUCAUUUGAAAUAUCUAUGAGGGACCGAAAUGCAUUACAGCAUUGCUAUUGGAAAUACUUAAUAGUAGAUGAAGGACACAGGAUUAAGAAUAUGAAGUGCCGUCUAAUCAGGGAAUUAAAACGGUUCAAUGCUGAUAACAAACUUCUUUUGACUGGUACUCCCUUGCAAAACAAUCUGUCAGAACUUUGGUCAUUGCUAAACUUUUUGUUGCCAGAUGUAUUUGAUGAUUUGAAAAGCUUUGAGUCUUGGUUUGACAUCACUAGUCUUUCUGAAACUGCUGAAGAUAUUAUAGCUAAAGAAAGAGAACAGAAUGUAUUGCAUAUGCUACACCAGAUUCUAACUCCUUUCUUACUGAGAAGACUGAAAUCUGAUGUUGCUCUAGAAGUUCCUCCUAAACGAGAAGUAGUUGUUUAUGCACCACUUUCAAAGAAACAAGAAGUCUUUUAUACAGCCAUUGUGAACCGAACAAUCGCAAAGAUGUUUGGAUCUAGUGAGAAAGAAUCAGUGGAACUAACUCCUACUGGACGACCAAAACGAAAAACCAGAAAAUCAGUAAAUUAUAGCAAACUAGAUGACUUUCCCAAUGAGCUGGAAAAAUUAAUGAGUGAAAUACAGCCAGAAGUGGACCGAGAAAAGACUGUUGUAGAAAUGAAUAUUCCUGUAGAAUCUGAAGUUAAUUUGAAACUGCAGAAUAUAAUGAUGCUACUUCGUAAAUGUUGUAAUCAUCCAUAUCUGAUUGAGUACCCUAUAGAUCCUGUCACACAAGAGUUUAAGAUUGAUGAAGAAUUAGUAACAAAUUCUGGGAAAUUCUUAAUUUUGGAUCGAAUGCUGCCAGAACUUAAGAAAAGAGGACACAAGGUGCUGCUUUUUUCACAAAUGACAAGAAUGCUGGACAUUUUAAUGGACUACUGCCAACUUAGAGAUUUCAAUUUCAGUAGACUUGAUGGUUCCAUGUCUUAUACAGAGAGGGAAAACCAUAUGCACAGCUUCAACACAGAUCCAGAUGUAUUUCUUUUCUUAGUGAGUACACGAGCUGGAGGCCUGGGUAUUAAUUUGACUGCAGCAGAUACGGUUAUCAUCUAUGAUAGUGAUUGGAAUCCACAGUCUGAUCUUCAAGCACAGGAUAGAUGUCACAGAAUUGGUCAAACAAAGCCAGUUGUUGUAUAUCGCCUUGUUACAGCAAAUACUAUUGAUCAGAAAAUUGUGGAAAGAGCAGCUGCUAAAAGAAAAUUGGAGAAGUUGAUCAUCCACAAAAAUCAUUUCAAAGGUGGUCAAUCUGGAUUAAAUCAACCUAAAACUUUCUUAGAUCCUAAGGAAUUGAUGGAAUUAUUAAAAUCUAGAGAUUAUGAAAGGGAAGUAAAAGGAUCAAGAGAGAAAGUCAUUAGCAAUAAGGAUCUGGAGCUGUUGCUAGACCGAAGUGAUCUUAUUGAUCAAAUGAAAGCCUCUGGACCAGUUAAAGAGAAGACAGGAAUAUUCAAGAUAGUAGAAAAUUCUGAAGAUUCUAGUCCUGAAUGUUUGUUUUAACGUGAAGCUUUAAAAAAGAAGAAGAGGGGCCUUUUAAUGUUUUUGUGCAUAUCCAGUGAUUUUCCUACAUUGGUUUUGAAGUCCAUUUUGUCCACUUCACUGUUUUGAUUAUAUCAGUUUCUAUAAAUGAAACUGGUACCACUACAUACUUAAGAGUGUAAUUCUCAGAGCCUUAUUAAGAACAUAAUUAAUAAGGGUAAAUGUUUAGUUACUUUUUCAGGCUGCGUAGUACUCUUAGGUAUGGCUUAAUGUUUACUUAACCAUUUCCAGAUUUAUACAGUCUUCCUGUGGAAGUUUAGUGAUGACUCUGCCCCUCCUUUCUCACAGUAGUAAUACAGUUCAAGGAAUUAACACUUCUAUUAUGGAGUAAGCUUCCAAGAGGGAGGAUUGACUGAGGUUGUGCUUUUUGUCACUAAAGUAAAAAACUGUUUUUGCUUUUAGAGUCUGUAAGAUAGUUCACCAAAUGUUCAUUAUAAAAUGAUUUUAUCAAAUUAUUCUGUCAGGAAAAUAAUUGAAGUAAUAACAAAAACAUGACUGGUUUGAGAUUCAACAUUAUUAUGCUCUCUUCUUGGUUUCAUUCACUAGUACAUCUAAGCAUGUUGUAGAAAAAUUUCAAGUGAUGGUUAACAAAGAAUGCUGAAAGAAACACAAAACACCAGAAGUUGGAAAUGUUAGUAUUGUGCAGGAUGAGAGGGAAAACAUUGAAAAUGUAUAGGAAGGUUAUUGGAACCAGCACGAUGAAAAUAAGACCUAGAAGUGUAAAUAGCUCAAAAUCUGUAAUAAAGGAGCAGAAAGAUCAUAAAGGGAACAACAUAGGCUCUGUGUAAAUGGUGAUAAGCCUGUGAAGAAGAGUAAUCCUAAAUAUAUAUGCUGGGAAGGGGACACGCUUCCUGGACUAUGUCUUUCAUUAUUGGUUAAUAUUGCUUGGAAAACUCAACCUGUACAUGUUUAAAUUAUGGUGUUAUAGGAAAGUGAAACCAGAGCUCAGAAGAACUGGUUUGAGAGAACAUACGUACAGAGCAAUUUAUUUUGUGUUUUUUUUUAAGUCAAUGAAAAUAAAGUGUUCAUUCACAAGCAGA